AUUGUAGAACCGGCCUUAUUACGUCUGAAUUCUCAAUCGAAUGACAAACAUGGCAUCCACCAUGAUCGUUAGCUACCGUCUGUUAUUUAUUACAGUCGCUUUCGCACUUUCGUUUGUUUCCGUCGCGAAUUCCACGGACGCCGCGGACGAUUUUUCUUACGCGUCUGCGAGAGUCGAGAGCUGUAGCGGUUGCUCGCUCAAUCGGCUGCCGGAUGUCAAGAAAUUUAUUUUCGAGGACCUACCGCAAUAUGGCGAGAAUGUGGAAUUCAAGCAUAUUCCAGGCGCAAUACCAGAACUCGUGUUAUUGAACGCACGUGGAAAGGAGCUAGAGAGACACGGGUUGUCCAAAUUGACUCGAAAAGAAUGUAAUGACUUGCUAGUCUCCAAAGGCUUCAUGAGAGAUAAGGAGGAGAUGUAAAUCUUCCAAUUGGCGUAUAUUGUGAGAAGCAGCAUUCUAUCAAAACUAAUCGUAAUAAUUAUCUCUAGGAAAAAUAAAUAAUUUCUGAUCGUUUAUUUCUAUGUACAUCGUAGACAUAAAGAUACAAUAGUUUUGUUUGUUGUUAAUAUUCCAAGAGAGUAACCUAUAUUGUGUACAGUAGCAGUAAUUUCCUGAUCUAUGUAAAUUGCUUUUAUCGAGUUGCGAUUUUCGGUGCAUUAUAUUGGUGAGCGCUUCUCUCGAAGAGCUGCAGUCUGUGAUAGAUGCCAAAUCUAAAAUAGGAUGGAACAUUGCACAGUGCGAUAUCCCGCAGAUCCCAUUAAUUACAUUAUAUUCUUCAUUUCUACUAAUUCUUUAACCCUACAAAAUUUUUAUAACCAAACAAAUUAAGAAAUAACAGAUUAGGUUAUUGAUAUAAUUAUUAAAUCAACUAAUUGGAGUUUAAAUAGUAUUAAUAGUGUACUCUACAAAAGUUUCUUUAGAAACUCUUAAUUAUGCAUAAAAACCUCUUUUAUGAAUUUUGUGAAUAUUAAAAAAAAAAUGUUUUAUGUUCGUCGAUUUGUACGUUAUCCGAAUCAUUUAUGGAUAGGAUUUUAUAUAGUAGAUGUGGAUACGUGAUUCAAUCAUAGAGAUCUAUUUAUGCAUCUCUAAUCACUUCUCCAUCUGUUGCAAUUCGAUAUUGGUGCUCUUUCACUGCUUUAAAUUAACCUAGUUGUUGCAAUUGUUUUUCUGUGUCCAAUGUAUGUAUGUACAUACAUGGUAAGUUGAUCAGUAAUAUUAGUGAUAUUAGAUUACUGAUAUUGGAAUUAAUAUCAGAUAAUAAAUAUUGAUUUUUUUUUUUAAAUUGUUUUACUUUUUUAUUAAUAAGGGUUACUAAUAUUGAAAGCAAUUGAAAUUUUCACCCACAAGUCUCUUUAUUUUUUAUAAAACUUUUUUUUUUAGUUUUCAUUAUAUUUUUGUGAUCUAUUAUACGUUCUCUAAUAAAAUAUUUUCAAAAGAGAUAAAAUGUUUCUUUUGCGUUUACACAACUCGAUCCAUUUUUUUUGCCAUUCAUUAUGUGCCAUUUCGUUUUUCAACCGAGUAGUUUCAAUUGAUUUCUAAUCAAAAUAUGACCUGUUGAACUGUCCACGUCUCGAAACAUAAAACUCCAUUUUGAGUAUCUUACAUAAUGUGCUUUUGAAAUGAGAUUUGAGUAAUGACUAUAUAAAUAGACUUAAGAAGACCUCAGAAUCACAGCAGAAUAAAAUUGAACAUCAUUGAACGAAAGAACUAUGAAUAAAUUAAUUACUACUGA